GGUCCCCAGAAUGGAAACAACAUAAAUGCCACCUAGCAUCGGAGACUAACUGCAUGCCCAAUUGCCCAUCAAAACGCUCACUCUUUACCUCUAACAACACAUAGGAAAAAAACACAAACAUAGUUUUUGUUUCAUCGUUUGUUUCUCUGUUUCUCUUUCAAUAUCAAUCUGGUUUCUUUCUCUAGAGGGAUCGAUCAGGUGCAGAGCAGUCUUGGCUGAUACCAUGGGGAGGAGGAGGAGCUCGCCUGUGAAUGUGCUGUUUCAAUGGGUGAGGAGCCAGUCAAUGAAAGUCAAGGUCUUUCUUGGAGCCUUGCUUGCUCUCUGUGCUUUGCUUGCAUUGAGGUUUUGGGUGAGGGAUCACAAAUACUUCUUCGUUGCCUCUGAGGUUGUGCAUGUGCUUGGGAUCAUCGUCCUCAUCUACAAGCUCACCACCCAAAAGACUUGCUCUGGUAUCUUUGCCUUCCUCUUUUCUCAAUCCUUCAUAAUUCUGUUUUUUCCUUUCUGAAUUGUGGCAGUAAGGUUGUUCUGUAGUACAAUGAUGGAGGGUGACAUUCACACUGUGCUAGAUUUUAUUACUCUCGUGGCAACGGCGUGGGUCAUAUAUAUGAUACGGUUUAAAUUGAAGUCUACCUACAUCAAGGAACUGGACAAUUUUCGCUUAUAUUACCUGGUGGUGCCUUCUGCUGUCCUUGGUGUGCUCGUCCACCCCUACACACUAAAUUAUCGCUUCUGUCGAAUCCUUUGGGCAUUUGGUGCAAACAUGGAGGCUGUUUCAGUUCUGCCUCAACUUCGGUUGAUGCAGAAUGCAAAGAUGAUUGAACCAUUUACCUCCCAUUAUGUAUUCGCAUUGGGGAUUUCAAGAUUUUUCGCUUGUGCUCAUUGGAUUAUUCAGAUCUAUGAGACUAACGGGACAUAUAUAUACUACAUUGGGAGUGGAUAUUUCUGGCUUUUGUCAGCUUUCCUCAGUGAGAUGGUUCAAACAUUCAUCUUAGCUGACUUUUGUUACUACUACAUAAAGAGUAAAAUGGCAGGGCAGCUGAUAAUGAGGAUGCCUCCUGUCUAGAGCUGCAGGGCUUAAUGAUGUACUGCCCUUCUUUCUCUGAGCAAAAUAUACAAGCAUCUUGUGACAUGGGGUUGGAAGUACAUGAGUAAAUGUGUUACUCUCGUUUCUUUUUCUUUAUGCCAUAGUACGACUGUGAAUUUUUUUGUAGUCAAUAAUUGAAUUCGGAUGAUGCAAAAAUACUAAAAUGUAAAGACUGUGAGACCAAAUUUUUGGUGUUUUGUCGAAUUUUACCUUGUCAACUCAAAAUUUGAGGAACUUUCCUAUUG